UUCCUUUUUCGACCAGAAAUUGGUUGUGUCAUCGCCUUCUGCGCUGUUGUUGCCCGACAGCAUAGUAGAAGUCAACUCUGCUUGCUGUGAAAGAAACAAUUGUCUUCCUCGGACAGAGCACUUUCUGGCUUUGAUCGCCUCACGCACGCUCAAGCCAUCUUACUAUCCACUCCCGUGUCAUGCCCAGCAUCCUCCGCAAGCCUUCCUCGUCAUCGUCUCGUCCCCGUAGGAAUAGUAUGGUGACAAUGUGGCUUUAUUUUUCCACCGGCCGGACGGCUCUGGCGUUGGUACCAACUAUUAAUUUUAGCGGUGCACGGAGCCUUUCGCGAGAAAUCCCUUCAUUUGGUGCGGCUUUUGCGAGGACAUCUCAUCUUUCGACCCGCCGGUCUCGAGUCGGCCAAGCCUUUAUGUCCACCACCGCCGACCCUGAUACAUCGAAAACGACCGAAACCGACAGAGCCUACGAUAUAAUCAACAAGGAGCGUGGACUAGACAAAUACGAGCCUGCUUCCUUCGAGUCCGACAUUUAUCGUUGGUGGGAAACUGCGGGUUGCUUCCAACCCGACGCCAAGCAAAAGGCGAUAGACGACAACGACGACAGCACAUCCACCGCACCGUACGUCCUUCCCAUGCCCCCGCCUAACGUGACGGGGCGCUUGCACAUGGGGCACGCCAUUUUUGUCGCCCUCCAAGACGUUCUGGCCCGCUUUCACCGCAUGCGCGGUCGACCCGUGCUGUGGUUGCCCGGCACCGAUCACGCCGGUAUCGCUACGCAACUGCAAGUCGAAAAACUUUUGAUUGCGGAAGGAACAACGCGAGAAGAAGUGGGUCGCGACGAGUUUUUGCGACGCGUUUGGAUGUACAAGGAAGAACAGGGAGGAUUCAUAACGUCGCAAUUGCGGUCACUAGGGGCGUCGGCGGAUUGGAGUCGGGAGCGCUUCACGAUGGAUGACGAUUUGUCGCAGGCAGUUGUCGAAGCCUUUUGUCGCCUACACGAGAAAGGUCUUGUAUACCGUGGGGAAUACAUGGUCAACUGGGCACCUUUACUUCAGACAGCCGUUAGUGACUUGGAAGUAGAAUACAGCGAGGAGGAAGGUAAAUUGUACUACUUCAAGUAUAUGGUUGAAGGCAGUGAAGAAUUUAUACCAGUCGCUACGACGAGGCCCGAAACCAUUUGUGGAGACACGGCUGUUUGCGUGCACCCCGAGGAUGAGCGGUAUAAGCAUCUAGUUGGAAAAGCUUUGGUGGUACCAAUGAGCGGAGGUCGUACCGUGCCCGUGAUUGCUGACGAGUACGUGGAUAUGGAGUUCGGGACGGGAGCGCUCAAAAUCACUCCAGGUCACGAUCCCAACGACUAUACCCUCGGUAAAAAGUUUGAUUUGCCGAUUAUCAACAUAAUGAAUAAGGACGGUUCGAUGAACGCCAAUGCGGGCCAGUAUGAUGGUCUCGAUCGCUUCGAGUGUCGUCAACAGUUGUGGACCGACAUGGAAACCGAAGGUCUCGUAAUAAAGGCCGACCCGCACACGCAACGAGUUCCGCGAUCGCAACGCGGCGGAGAGAUAAUUGAACCUUUGGUAAGCAGCCAGUGGUUCGUCAAAACAGAAGGGAUGGGCGCCAAAGCUCUGAAAGCUGUGGAAGAUGGUGACAUCAAGAUAGUUCCGCAGCGCUUCGAUAAAAUUUGGAAUAAUUGGUUGACCGACAUUCACGAUUGGUGCGUAUCACGACAGCUAUGGUGGGGUCACCGUAUUCCGGUCUGGUAUGUUGGCGAGACAGGCGAAGACGAGUUUAUAGUGGCGCGGAACGAGAAGGAAGCUCGUGAAAAGGCGGUGGCAAAUGGUCACUCCGCAGACGUUGUACUCCGACAAGAGGAAGAUGUGCUCGACACGUGGUUCAGCUCAGGCCUGUGGCCGUUUGCGACGGUUGGCUGGCCUCAAAACGAAGGAGUCAAGGGUUCGGAUUUUGAUCGCUUUUUCCCUGCUUCUUGUUUAGAAACAGGCUACGACAUCAUCUUCUUUUGGGUAGCUCGUAUGGUCAUGAUGGGUAUUGAGCUCACCGGGAAGAGUCCAUUCAGUGUGGUGUAUUUGCACGGCCUUGUCCGUGCCGCUGACGGAAGUAAAAUGUCCAAAACCAAAGGCAAUGUGCUGGAUCCUUUAGAUACUGUUGCUGAAUUCGGCGCUGACAGUUUACGCUACUCUUUAGUUACGGGUGUUACUCCCGGACAAGAUAUUCCGUUGAACAUGGAAAAGAUUGAAGCGAAUAGAAAUUUUGCCAACAAGCUCUGGAAUUGUUGUAAGUUUGUUACGGGAAACGCACUCAAAGAUCUUUCAGACGAGGACUUGGCAAGUCUGGCCGUAUCCGGUCCAAUCGAGCAGGAAGAGUUCGAUAGCCUUUUGCUACCGGAGCGAUAUAUCAUCUCAAAGUGCCACACUUUGGUAGCAAGCGUUACACAAGACAUUGAGAAAUAUCAACUCGGAGCUGCCGGUAGCAAAGUAUACGAAUUUUUGUGGGAUCAGUUUGCCGACUGGUACAUUGAAAUUUCCAAGACUCGCUUGUACGAGGGCGCCGGUGGGGGUGACAAUAUUGAGGAAGCACAAGCCGCUCGUCGAGUUUUGGUGUAUGUUUUGGACACCAGUUUGCGUCUGCUACAUCCCUACAUGCCGUACGUAACCGAACAGUUGUGGCACCACUUGCCUCGUGCCGACGCUGGCCCGGACCAAGCUGCACACGCACUCAUGUUGGCGAACUGGCCGCAAAUGAACGACAACGUGCUGACCACGAGCGAGGCCGCUGUGGCCCAAUUUGAAUCUUUCCAGGCAUUGACCCGAAGCGUGCGCAAUGCCCGCGCUGAAUAUAACGUGGAACCGGGCAAACGUAUUGCUGCUGUGAUCGUGGCGCGCGGCAAAUUGAAACAAGCGAUUGAAAAAGAGCUCAAAUCGCUCAUUGCAUUGGCGAAACUGGAUCCGGAACAAACGCUAAUUUACGAAGCAGGGUCGGAAGAAGCGAGACAGGCAACGCAGGUGGAAUCAGUCCAAGUCGUAGUCCAGGACGGUGUAGAAGCCUUUCUGCCGCUGUCGGGAUUAAUCGAUCCGGAAAAGGAACGUUUGCGUCUCGAGAAACGCCGCGAGAAGCUGGAGAAGGAAAUCCAAAAACUUGCAGGGCGCUUGCAGUCAAAAGGAUUCGUGGACAAGGCCCCCGCCGAUGUUGUGGAGAAGGCCCAGGCAGAACUGGCCGAGCUGGAGGAUCAAGCUGGUAAGGUACAAGCUAGCUUGGAGACUCUGACCCAAUAGUAAAAACAGAUUUUUACUCC